GCAGGGCAGAAUUUCUAAUUGUAUCAGCUGGACAAUCAACAGUCGUGUGAAUUUAUAAAAAGUUAUAUAUUGCAAAUUUUUCGAGAACUUAGAUUUGUGUUUAUAUUCAUUAUAUUUGUGAAAGGGCCAUUGCCUUCUGUUUGAUAUAAAGGUAACACGCAAACGCACAAAACGGCUACAACAUACAUACUUACAUAUGGAUGUAUAACAACUGCAGUAGUACGAUGGCGAAUUCAGUAAAACAGUGUAUCAACAUGGUCGGUCGAGUACUGGUCUACGGUGGCAAAGGCGCUUUGGGCUCUGCCUGUGUUUCCCACUUCAAAUCAAACAACUACUGGGUUGGUAGUAUUGAUCUCAGCGUGAAUGAAGAAGCGGACGCAAGCAUCGUGUUACCCCGUGAACUUAGUUGGGAGCAACAAGAGGCUGAAGUGUUAACAAAAGUCGGCGAUGCUUUAAACGAUGAAAAAUUGGAUGCUGUAAUUUGUGUUGCAGGCGGCUGGGCGGGUGGUAAUACCUCCAAGGAUUUGGCCAAAAAUGCUGAUUUAAUGUGGCGCCAAAGUGUUUGGACGUCAAGUAUUUCGGCUGCUGUCGCUUCCAAAUAUCUAAAAGAUGGCGGCUUAUUAACACUCACCGGCGCUCAACCAGCGUUACAAGGCACAUCCGGCAUGAUUGGUUAUGGUAUGGCCAAGGCUGCAGUCCAUCAGCUAACGCGUUCACUGGCUGGGAAAAAUUCUGGUUUACCCACUGAUGCCAUUGCAGUUGCAAUAUUGCCAGUUACUUUGGAUACACCAAUGAAUCGCAAAUGGAUGCCAAAGGCAGAUUUUGGUUCAUGGACACCUUUAGCUGAAGUUGCAGAACUUUUCCAUAAAUGGACUCAAGGCAAGGAGCGACCAAACUCUGGAGCCCUAGUACAAUUAAUCACUAAGGAUGGUGUUACACAUUUGGUAGAAGCUAACUAAAUAUUGGCAUGCAUUAUGGGAAACCGUCAAAAUCCGACUCGUGAACGUUAGGGAAAUAAGAAUAUGAUACAAACGUACAUAUAUAUAUAUAUAUUUAUUGAUUAACAGAUUGCAAGUUAUAGAAAAUAAUAAAAAUGAAUUCCAAAAGUUUGAAUUUCAAGUUGAUAUACAUAUUCACCAACUCGCUUACAAAUAUGUCUACAUUAAAUGUUUAAAAUAUAUUGUGUUGUAUAUACAUACAUAC